AACUCAAUUCCAGACCAACCCAACACGCAAUUUAAUUCUCUCUAAUCAAUUUAGUUCCUAAAUAUCCGGUUUUUGAGAAGAAACCCGCGUUUACCGGCGAAUCGGCUCUUUACUCUCUAGCCGGAGACGAGAUCUACAAUUUUGACGACUCUGCCUAAGAUAUAGCAAUUAUUGGGAGCUGCACGAAGAAGAUUUUAUUUGGUCGACGGAGCUGGAAUCAGCUAUUCUUUCUUCUUCUCCCUAAUCGUUUCUUUUAGCAGCUCUUUCUCUCUCACCCGAAGGUUGGUGUUAAGCUGGAAAGGUUGGUCUUUUAGAAGAUAUGGUUCUUGAUGGGAUUGUAUCAUCACCAUUACGGAGGCCACAUGCUCUUAAGAAGCAAUGGGAUGACUUGGGUAGCUGCUCUACUGUUGUCCAGAGGCAUCGUUUCCUUUUGACUGCUAUGCUUCUUUUGGCAUUCCUCUGCACCAUUUAUAUCUACUUUGCCGUCACACUAGGCGCUAGGCACUUGUUGUGCUCAGGGAUGACUGGAAAAGACAAGGCAAUGUGUCAAAUGGAACACAUCCAAGCCAGUUUCUCCAACGGAAAACUGAAAUUCUUCUAGAGUGUCAGCCUAAGCUGAUUGCAUUAUAUAAACAUUUGUCUCUCUGUUGAAAUGUGUGUGUAAUCGCCUAAAGAAUGGCUUGUAAACCCAUCAGAAUCUACACGUACCUUAUUCUACUUUGAUUAUGUCCCAAGAUUCACAGUUAUUGUACAAAUAUGAAUCUUCUGUAAUCGAAUAUAUAUGCUAAAAGUUUUGGAG